AUGUCGAGCAAGAUCACUCUGGAGGAAGUGAAACAGCACGCCUCAGAAACCUCGGCCUGGGUCAUAAUUAAGGGUGAUGUGUACGAUGUCACAGAAUGGCUUGACGAACACCCUGGUGGUCGCAAGAUUUUGCUGAAGAACGUCGGAAAGGACGCAACGGACAAAUUUAUGAAUUUCCAUCCUGAUCAUGUACUUAAGGAAGUUGCACCAAAGUUCAAGAUUGGAACUCUUGUGGAUGCCAAGCUCUAA